UACCAGACCUCGCCGAGCUUGUCAGAAAGUGUUCGAGUUGGUAGAGUUGGUCUUGGUGUUUUUCUACAGUUUGCAGUCUGUCGAUUAUGGCUUCAGAGAGACGCGAGUUUGAGAACAAGUUCAGUGACUAUGAUGGCCGUACAAGGCUCUUAUCAGAGAAAGGAAAGAUCGAAGAACCGUUUUUAUCAAAUCUUACCGAGCAGGCGUUGAAGAUGUUGCGUAGAUACGAGGAAGGGCUUAAAAGCGAAAGGGACGAGUCGAACCAUUCUGUGUACACCGGAAGUGGAGGGGCAGCUCUAUUGUACCUCCACUUGGCAUCAACUUUCUUCAGAGAUGACAAAGAAAAGAGGGAAUAUUACCUCUCAUCAGCUUUACAAAUACUUGAACAAGCAGCCAAGAAUCUGACAGGACGUCGAGUGACCUUUUUGUGUGGAGAUGCAGGAAUUCAUGCCAUGUUAGCUGUACUCUAUGAAAAGCUUGGAAGGCACUCUGAAAGUACAAGGUGUAUCCAGGAGCUUUAUAAGAUGACUGAUAGGGUGUUGCAUGAUCAGUCUCUACCUGAUGAAGUCUUGUAUGGCAGAGCUGGCUAUCUUUACUCCCUUCUGCAUGUCCAGCAGGAGAUUGGCAUCAACAAAAUUGAUAGGGCUCUUAUUGACCAGAUUUGUUCUGCUGUGGUAUCAUCUGGUCUGAACCUGGCCAAGCACUUACGCCACCAAUCUCCUCUUAUGUAUGCCUGGCAUGGUAAACACUACCUUGGCGCUGCUCAUGGCAUUGUCGGGAUACUCUACAUGUUGUUACAAGCUGUGUCUUGCCCAUCUGUUCAAUCCAACUUGAGUACCAUUGAGGAAUGCAUAGACUUCUUUCUUUCUCUUCAAUUUCCUUCUGGAAACUUUCCUUCCUCUUUGGGUAACUCAAGUGACAAGCUAGUCCACUGGUGUCACGGAGCCCCUGGUGCCAUUCAUCUCCUACUCAAAGCUCAUAAGGUAUUUGGCAAGGAAAAGUACUUAAAUGCUGCACAACGGUGCGGUGAAGUGAUUUGGAGGCGUGGUCUGCUCAAGAAAGGCUAUGGGAUCUGUCAUGGAGUGGCAGGGAAUGGAUACGCCCUACUUGCACUAUACAAGGCGACAAAUGAAUCAAAGUACCUUUACCGUGCUAUCAAGUUUGCAGACUGGUGCAAAGAUUACGGCAAGCAUGGUUGCCGAACACCAGAUACGCCGUUUUCUCUAUUUGAAGGAAUGGCGGGUACAGUCCAUUUCCUGGCAGAUCUUAUUGAGCCGAGAUCCUCUCUAUUACCGGGAUUCGAGUUGAUUCUUUAAUGAGUCAUUACUGUGGCAGCCUGCUACCUUAAUAGAUAUCUCAGGGUUCUGGCAGUUUUUCCAAAGGGAAUAUUCAAACAACAUAAAAAAAUAGAAAUAAAACCACUUUAAAUUUAUUACAGAAUGAGGAAAUAUAAUGAAAUAAAUCUAUUUAUUGUAAAGAUA